AUGUACAACCUCUCUUGUGUAGAUGGCCACCACUUCUCGAGCCCGCAUGAUGUUUACGUUCUUGAUAUCCAACGGCUUGGUGCUGGUCUGGGUGCCAUCUCUUCGGACCAGAAACUCAGCCUCUUCAACCCUGCCCGACUGGGCCAAGGCCCUGUUAAGUCGUACCCGACCAGCCAUGGCAACCUGACGUGCUUCAGGACAUUCGACUGGCAGAACUCAAUUGUCUGUACUGCAGGUGAAAAUGGAGAGGUCUCGGUCUGGGAUAUGAGGGAGUCCUCUAAGCCACAGGUUGCUCACUUUGCAGCCAGUCAAUCGCCCGUUCUUUCCUUGGCCUGUGAUUCUAGGACAAGCACAAUUGCAAUCGGAACAGAGUUUCAAAACCAUGUGGCAUCCGUACUCCUGUGGUACGUCGUCUGUCCAUUCACAUCCGAUUCGCUCGCCUGGGAACACAAAACCAUUGACAAAAACUAUAGGGACAUCAGAGCCGGUCCGGCGCAGAGGCUCCAGUACGACGAAGUUCACAGUGACGACGUGACGGAACUCCGCUUUCACCCCUCUGAGCCGCACGUCCUCCUCUCGGGCUCGACCGAUGGGCUGGUUAACAUUUACGACACGCGUAUCUCGGACGAGGACGAGGUCGUCAUCCAGACGCUGAACCAGGGCUCGGUCCACCACGCCUCCUUCCUCGGCAACACCGAGGUCUACGUGCUGACGCAUGACGAGAAGCUCGCAGUCUACAGUGUCGCCGAGGACCAUGGCUCGGGCGCCGCACUUGUCGACUUUGGCGACGCGAGGGAGAGUCUCGGCUGCCAAUACAUCGCCAACGUGACAACCAAGGUUGACGGUAGUGGCGCCAUCGUUGGUGCUGGCUCGCAAGACCGCCAGGUCUUCGAAUUAGUACACCUGUCGCGUACGGCAGAGGGCGGCUGGGGAUUCGACAAAUCGAAUAGUGUCGGUCUGCCCGGCGGCCACGGAGAGGAGCUCGUCCGCUCGUUCUGCUUCUAUGACGAUGAGCAAGUCGUCUUUACUGCAGGAGAAGACGGUAACAUCAAGGCCUGGAGGCCCAGCUAA